AUGUCAACUUCAUCAAAAGUUAUCCUAUCCGACGUACUCGGGAAAUCACAAGCCAUCCAUAUUUUCAGUGGUUUCACUCGAGAUAUUGAUCAAGUCUCCAAACGCUUGGAUGACGCGGCCCAGAAUGCUACAAUUCUUGCGCCGGCGAACGAUGCGAUCAUGAAGCUGCCAUCCAAGCCGUGGGAAGAUCCCAAAGACUAUGCCGAAUUUGGAGAGAGCGCCUACAAUGGUGAUUCCGGAGCGGACAAGGCUCAAGAGAACCUGAAAAGGUUUGUGGAAGCUCAUAUCGUUGUCGGGAGUCCUUGGAACGAAAGAGAGAAACGAGAAACACUUACAGGGAAGACCAUUUGGUUUGAGAAGGUUGACGGGAAAACAAUUAUUCUGCCAAAAGGUAUUGAGGUUACCAGCAUUGCUAGUCGCGUUGCCAAUGGCGAAGUGUGGAUCCUGAAUGGUGUCCUUGACUACACUAAAUGA